UGCUGAUCCCUUAUUUUCAAAUCCGAAAGUUGACAGCUAUUUUGCUGAUCCCUUAUUUUCGAGGCUGCUAUGCUCCGUCCUCUAUCCUCCCCAUGUCUGAUUUCUCUGUCUGAUGUCUGUGGGAAGCUGCCCGGCUGCCCCCUUGAUUUAAUAGACUUGCAGAGUUGCAAGGGUUCCUCAAGGAUCAUCAAGUCCAACCCUUUGAAAUGCAGGAUUUGCUCCUCCAGAGGAGGAAAGAGUAUUUGGAAAAUCAAUGUGGAGGGGAGGGCAACCUUUAUUGGGUAGCCUCAGGCAAGCCUUGCCCUAGCCUACUUCCCAGGGCUGUCUUGAAACUCCACUCCUGACUCUCAGGAAGAGAAAGGGCAGUAUAGCAAACCACACAAAGCAAAUCUCCAGGGUGUGACGUUUCUGUAGACCGAGUGGAAGAGGCAGGGAAGAUGAUUCUCAGUACAGGACUAAGUGGAUGCCCAAAUUGAAGAUGGGGAACACUGUUGGAAGACCUGGACAUGGAGGAAGGAAUUCGUUUCCUUUAAGGGCUCAAAUCACCACGUGUAGGAUUUCCCUGGGCAAGCAGCGCGCUGCCCAUCGCCUUCCCUUCCACCCUCUGCGCUUUGGGGGCCUCCAGGCAGAGGAGCGAGCCAAGAGCCCCGCUGGGACCGGGGUGCGCUGAGACUCCAGGGUCCCGGGCUCUGAGCCAGCGAUGCUCUCGGCGGUCCCCCCGACGCCCUCCUGCCUCGCCCACCGACCACGUCAGGGGCAGGACUCCUUAAAGGGCGCAACUUGCACUACGCCCCCUUCCCGGCGUGUUGGCGCACGGUAGGAGGGAAGAUGGAGGAGGGUGGCUGCGGAGCGCCCGAAGGAGCCGCGGAGGCUCGCGAAAAGGCCCUCGAGGAGGCGGUGAACCGCUGGACGGUCCCCUUCUACGUCCACCAGGCCCUUCAGGCUUUCCGGGCCGGCCGCAGCCGGGACUUUCGCCAGCUGCGGGACGUCGUCUAUGCUGUGCUUGCACAGCCCCUAGCAGAAGAGAAAUGUAUUGGCAUUCAGCUGCAGAUGGUGCAGUUUCUGUCUAAGAUUGAUGAAGAUUGGACCAUUGAUCCCGAGACCAAGUUAAUGCCUCUUGAAGAUGCCCUUGUUAUUUUGGAUAAGAUGAAGGAUGAACUGGACUUAAAAAUUGAGGUAGAAGAAAUAAGACAAAAGAUAAAGGAAGCGGCUGUCAUAACCAGCAUAAAAAACAAAAAAUAUGGACAAGCCAGAAUGAUCUUGAAUAAACACAUGACAAAGGACCCAAGUUCCCAGAAAAUGAGGUCAAUGUUGCAGAGAAUCAUCCAAAGGAAAAACUUAAGUCAUCCAGCCAUCUUGAACUUCUCUGACAAAGUUUUCCAGCAGAGAAUCCUUCUGUCUUUAGAAAGCUGCUGGAGUGUCCCUGAGCCCUUUCUGUUAGAGAUUGCAAAAAUGGAUUUGGACGAUCAGAUGGAGACCGGGCUCAAUCCUUUGGAAAUGGCCAGCAAGGGGGAAAUGGUGGAAGAAACCUCAGAGUUGGCAGCAGCAGCAGAUAAGCCUGAAUCUGUGGGAAGAUCUGAUGAGACUUUGGAAGAGCCCAGGCCUGAGGGAGGGCUUAGCAAUACAGUGGAAGAAGAGCCAAAGUCUCUGGAGGGAGGCCGUGAGACAGUUGCAAGGCUUUUGCAAAGGGAGCUGUUUUGGAAGUUGCUAAAGUGGUUGAUGAGUGCCAGGCAGCUUCAAAGCCAGAAGAAGAAACCAGUGGAGCUGCAGAGCUUGCUCUAGUCGCUGAUGCCACUGUCUCAGCAGCUUCCAGUGACACGGACAGAUGCUCGCCUAAGAGGAUGGCCUCGCAUCCAUGUUUGGCUUCUGAUUUCCACGCAGCCAAGUGCCAAAGGGAGGAGGAGAACCAUGCUGCCUCCAGGCCACACCCUAGUGAAUGCUCAGGGUCCCUAAGCACACUGAUUAUGGGGCCAGAGAGCGGGAACCCCCCAACUUCCUGCCAAGUUUCAUCCAAGAGGCCUGCGGCAACUUUGGAUGUCCAGACAGCACAGCCCCAAAUACCCACCCAGCCUGAUGAUACCCCCAAUCUCCCAGAUUAGCUAAGAGGAGACUAAUUUGUCCAGAUCAGAAUGAAGAAGAGGAUCUCCCAGGUGGUGAAGAGGUUCAUAGGGACCGGGACCGGCCAGAGACCACCAGAGACCCCCGACACCUGGGAUCGAAGGGAAAAAGCAGCAGCAACAGCAGCAGCAGCAGCAGCAGCAGCAGCAGCAGCAGCAGCACUUCCGCCUUGGGUUCUAAAAGGAAGAUCUGGACUUCAGAGGAGUCUCAGUGGAUUAAGGAAGGUGUGAAGAAGUUUGGGGAAGGGAGGUGGAAAGCCAUCUGCCAGGCAUUCCCCUUUAAGACCCGGACGGCUGUGGCGAUCAAGGACCGAUGGCGGACGAUGAAGAAUCAGGGCCUCUUGGGGAAUUACCUGGAAGCAAGUGGCUGAGCUUCAACGCUAUGUGGACAUAGGGUGGGCCAGAAAUACUUUUGCAGUGUAUUGCAUUGGGCCAGGAGGCUGGUCACUGCAAUCUCUUAGCAUCCCUCUGCUUUCUCACAUAGGAUCUGCCCCUCCCUGAAACUACAGAUCCAGCCAACAGAACUUGAAUAAUAUACACCGUAUUCUAUCCACAAACAGGACAACACCAUCUUAUAUUCUCAGGAUAGGCAAACAUUCUUAUUUACUUUUGGAAUCAACUAACUUCAAUUAGUAUUAAUAACGUACUGUAUAAAAUCCCACCACACUGCACCAAAGUGAUGAGGUCUUUAGAUACUACUUUUUUUGUUUUUGUUUUUUUGUUUGUUUUGUAUCUUGGAACACUGUUAAAAUAAAAAGAUCUGGAGUGAA